UUAUCCGACCGAACCCGCGGUCCAGUCAUCUCCUCCACUGCUCAGCUCCACCACACAGCUCCCCCGGGACGCCGGCGAUGUCACGUAGCUCGAGCACACAGCGCCGCAGCGCAGCUCCACCGCAACCCCGGGCGGAUCCACCUCUACCGCGCGCAGCUCCACCACUCCCCCGCGCAACUCCAUCACUCCCCUUUCCCGCAUCCCUAAAUUUCCAAGCUUUUCCCCAUCCCCUUUCGCAAAUCCGGCACUUGCUGCCCAUCGAUUCGCCGCCGCCACCACAAAUCCUGGCCACCGUCGAGAGGGGAGAGCAUGAGGAGAAAAAGGUCACCGGCUCCUGCCUAGAGGGACCAAAUGAGUGGCAGCGGGCGGUGGCGAUGCACGGCACGGUCAGAGUCAACCACAACAUGCUGCUGCGGGUCACUGGAGAGGCGUCCUCAGCGGAGCUCGUCGGCGUCUUGUAUGCCAGGGCGUCGAAGCCGACCAACGCGUCCACCGCCUCGUGUCCUGGAGUGGGCGGCCACAACUACAAUGGCGCCUCCGCGUCCGCCGUGCUGGUCCGCCUGGCUGGCGGCAAGAGCUGGCACCAGGACGACGACGGUGGUGAAAUUGAGGAAUUGCAGGAGUGACCAUCGCUCAGGUGGGCAGCAGGGGAGCUCUUGCGAUAGCUCGAGCAGGGGAGCAGUAGCGCAUGCCUGGCGGCACAGGAGAAGCACGAGGAUGAACUUGAGGUCCAGGCGCACGCGGGAGCUUGAGGAGGACAAGAUCCAUCAGAUAUUGGUGGCGCAGGUCCUAGGCGGCAGCGGCGGAGAGGAUCCCGGCAGGAGUGGAUCACGGCGGCUGUGGCACAGGUACUGGGCGGCGGAGGAGCUGGCCCUGGGCGGCGCAAGUGACGAAUUGGUCAACGACAGCCUUGGCCCGAUGCACGGGAGCUGCAUCGGGCGGAGGAAGACGGAAGCACUUGUUUGUAAAAUAUUCGAAGAUACAAGGGGUUUUUGUGCAAAUUUUACAUUACACUAUGCUCACGACAUGAAUUUCGGGAUGGAGGGAGUAGUAUUGUUUGUUGCACUUUGCCAUGCCAUGCCUCUUUAAACUGUACAUGCAUGAUAUUUGAUUGUG